GUGUCUGCGGUUUGACUUCACCUACUCCACGAAUGUAGCUUCUUGUGCAAACAGCGCCCCCGUUUGAUGUGAGGGUGUACGGACAGGUGAGAGGUGACAAGUUGAGAGGUCGGGUUGCUAACGUUAAGGCGGUGGCUACAAUAGUGUUGCGCUGUUAAAUAAAACAAAUACUCAAAGAUGUUGAAAUGAUCUAUGACGGGUAGUUUGCUCGGCGAGUGAAAUAUCCGCUUUGGAGCAGUUUCUACGGGCGUAAGCUUUGAGGACGAGCAGCGCAUCUCCCGUUAAGCCUUGCUAGCCAGUUGGCUAACGUUAGCAAACUGCGAGCUGACUCGCCAAGUUGCUAUGUCGCAACCAAGUGUUUGGACUCACUGGAGCUAACACAGCUAGCUCGCACAACUCAAACUUUAAUUCUGGAGGAAAAACCACAAAAGAUGGCUGUGUCAGUGCGGGGCCUCUACUUUGUGGUGACCCUGUUUUUGGGCAGUUUCUUUGGAAGUGUCUUCAUGCUGGGUCCCGUCCUGCCCCUCAUGCUGCUGUCCCCGGCUUGGUACCGCUGGAUCACCGACCGCAUCGUCGCUACCUGGCUCACCCUGCCUGUGUCCUUGCUGGAGCUGGUGUUUGGGGUGAAGGUGGUGAUAACGGGCGAUGGCUUCAUUCCCGGGGAGAGAAGUGUGAUCGUCAUGAACCACCGCACCCGCCUGGACUGGAUGUUCCUCUGGUGCUGUCUGCUCAGGUACAGCUACCUUCGUCUGGAGAAGAUCUGCCUCAAGGCUGCCUUGAAGGCUGUGCCUGGCUUUGGCUGGGCGAUGCAGGUGGCCUGCUUCAUCUUUAUUCAGCGCCGUUGGGAGCAGGACAGGAAGCACAUGGAGAACAUGCUGGACUACUUCUGUGACAUCAGAGAGCCCCUGCAGCUGCUUCUGUUCCCAGAGGGCACAGACCUCACAGAAAACACCAGAACAAAGAGUGAUGCGUUUGCUGCUCAGCACAGCCUGCCCAAGUUUGAGUAUGUGCUGCACCCUCGCACUACUGGAUUCACCUUCAUUGUGGACAGACUACGAAAAGGAGACAACCUGGAUGCUGUCCAUGACAUCACAGUGGCAUACCCUAAGAACAUCCCUCAGACAGAACGCCACCUCAUCCUGGGGCAUUUCCCACGUGAGAUCCACUUCCACGUCCGCCGCUACUCUGUGACCUCACUGCCUGCCUCCAGCUCUGAGCUGGAGUCUUGGUGUCGGGAGCGCUGGGCUGAGAAGGAGAUUCGACUGCGGGACUUCUACUCAGGCCAGCCCCGGGGCUUCGACAGGGACGGCAUCGCUCGCGUGCCGCCUUGCAAGACGGAGCUACGUGUGGCUCUGAUUAAAACCGCCUCUCUGCUGUACUGGACCAGCUUCAUCGCCUUCUGCUUCACCGGCCUGUGGCUGUGGGCUUCUUUCAGGCUCUUCUUCCUGGUUAUGGUCGGAGUGUUUGUGGCCCAACAGAAGAUGAUCGGAGGGCUGGAGCUGCUUGAGCUCUCUUGCCAUCGAUACUGGAAGUCCAUGGCUGCCGACAGUGGUGAGAAGAGUAAGGCCCUAGACGGGAAGAUGCAGUGAUAAUGGAAGACAGGGUUGACUGGACAAUGAUAUGUUUCCAUCUACGCUCAGCAGGGACACUGAGGUCUCAGUCGUCUUGAGGGCUAGAGGAUCUCUCUGAGGAGCCCAGCGCUCCACGCCUUAGAAAGGAAGUAAUGAGUGAAACUUCCUGUUGGUAUGCAUGGCUGCAGUUGAAGAAGAAAAAGAGUUAUGCUAUGUACAUUUAGCAGUGCUAGUUCAACCAAUUCAUCCCACAUGAUGUGUCACUUUCCCUGUGAAUGUCUCUCCCUGUAAAUUGCUGUUAAUUAGCCCGCUGUUGGUGCAUUUUAUAUGUUCAUGUUUUUGUUAUGGUUGUCAGGAAUCUCAGCGUCGACGUGUGUCAUGAAAUACCACUGUUAGUAUUUGUCAUUCUGUUGGCUGUCUUGGGAACUGGCUUUAUAGUUUGCUAUGUUGCCCUUUGUUUUAAUUGAGUGUCAUAUAUUCUGGAGCAGAGCCAUAGUACAGAGCACCUGUACAUAUGAUGAUGACUAAAUAUUCAAAACAGCACUGUAGUUGGAUGACACCGUUGAGACCAGUUACAAUAAGUGGUCUCUAGUCUGAUAAGGAAAGUCAAAGACUAGUAUAAUUCCCAGAGAAUUAUUAAGGAAUAUACAGGUAUAUACAGUAUGUGUACCAUUGUUUACCUUUAUGGGGUAUAUUUACCCUUUUAUACAAGUUGGGGAAUGGAUAUUUCCCACAAAGUCAUUUAAAUAUUGUGUCAUGAUGUUUUUACUGUACAGGUCAUGAAACAUAAGCUAUGUUUUUUUGCUUGUUUCUUCAAGUAGCUUUUGCACAUGAAAGCCAAAGUUGAAAAAAAAGUAAACCUGAUUUUCAAAAGUAACCAAACAGAAUGUAGUCCAUCUGCACAGGUGAGGGUAGCUUCAGCCCCCACCAGCAGGAACGCCUGCAGCUCCACUGCUGUAACACUUAUAGCCACCAAAUCAUCAAGAUCAAGAUCAAAGAUCUGACUGAGAUGUUACGUGUGGGUAAGUGUCGAAGCAGAUGAGCUUUGUGCCCUUUCAGGGAAUGAAGGGAUGCCUUGUAGAGGCAGGAUGUGGGUGGUGCUGGGGUGGAAGAAUGUCCUGUUGGGACAACAUUACCCCUUGAUGUGCAGGGUGGCACAGAGGACCAGACUUGGAGUGGAAAACUGGCCCUGAACUCAACCUAAUCCAAAAAAGCCCUGUAAUGCCCACCUCUGCCCGUGUCCCUCUCUAGAGGACUGGCAUUGAUGCGCCUGCUAAACUCAAUUAGCAAAUGACAGCUGUGAAAGCUGCUCCAAUUGUGCCAAAAAAGGACAGAAAUUGAAACAAGAUUGGAGCAGCUCUUCAGCCACACUUUUAGCCACUGACUCUCCUUCCAUCCAAUGAUGUUAAUUAAGGGAGCUAUGAAACAUUUGUCUGGGACAGUCUGUAGCACUUUCUGUAACACUGUGCAAAAUGUAUUUUAGCUGACCACUUCAAACUUAGUGAGACAAAUGUCCUUCACGUUCAACCUUACUAAACAAGCAUCUUUUGUUUGUUUACAUGAAGCUCCUGUAGUUAAAGUGUAAAGGGGCUCUUUCUAGUCACUGUGACCUAGCUGUGCUAAUAUUUUAUCAUCAGCAUGUAGUAGUGUACCAGACAUGGUACCAUACCUGUCUCCUCAAGCCUAAACCAGCUUAGAUAUCUAUGUGUUACUCUCACUUGUGCUGUUUUCUGUUGCUCAUUCUACAAUCACUCUUUGAUGCUGGACCUCUUUUAAAGUUUCUGUCCUCAGGUAAACGCAACAGACACUGUUAGGAGUCGGUCUCUUGAAGGAGGGAAAUCUAUAUAAAUAUAUAUAAAUAAAUAUACUGUAUCAAAUCA